GAUCGAGUCGGUUUCAUGACGCUGAUUUUGUUGUCUUACCGCAGUCACUGUAGCUACUGCUCUGUCUCGUCUGCGGGAAAUAAAGCACAUGUCGCAGUUAUGUAGCGCACAGAAGGAGGCCUCCACCCUCUAGCUGACGUUAGCUCAUGCUUCAUCGCUUGUGUCGCGAAUUAAAAAACAAACUGCGGCUUCCGUCCGUCAACCGAGCUAGCUGACAACCAGCUAGCACAACAAGCUGGUGUGAGUUAGCGAUGUGCUGCUGUUUGUUUGUUUCUCUCUCUCGUCUCGGCUAAAAGCUUUCUGCCGGGGCGGCCGACCAAGCUCAGUUUAUAGAUAUAUAAAUAUAUAUAAAUAUAUCUGUGUGUUGUUGUUGGGGGGCAGAAAAGUGUCCGGAUACGAUGUGGCAAAGCGUCGGACUCACACUGCUGGUCAUUGUGGCCACACUCGUCUGUGCGCUGCUCUUCAUGCUGUUUGGUUGGUAUGUAGUGUGGCAGCUCUUCCUGUCCAAGUUCAAGUUCCUGCGUGAACUUGUCGGGGACGCUAGCACGCCGCAGGCCGAGACGCAGCCGUCCGAAGCCAAGAGCGAACGCACGGCCAGCGCCCCGACACGAAAUCGGCCCAGGACCGCACGCCAAAGAGUCGCCUCUUCAGAAAGCGCUUCAUAGAUCAUCCAGACAGCCACUGUGUAUCCUUCACAUCCACUCACGAAAACGGCUCAUCACCACGGCGUCUGCAAACGUCAUGUGCGACCAUCAGAGACCCCCCCCAACUGACCUUGCGCUCUACACUACACUUGUGGACACUCGGUAGUCAGCCCUCCUCUUCACCAGGACACUUUAAACUGGCCAGGCAGAUCUCCUGGUUUCAAAGGGAAAAGCCAUUACUGUCCAUUUUUCUUUUAUGUCAUCUGUUCAUAAGUUUAAUUAUGUGCAGCCGUGUAAUGUACCGAGCACCGAGGCUGGGGCUCCGCUCGUGCUGCUCCUGUUAUCCUGCAAUAGUGACGGCCGGCUUUCGUGAGCUGGCCACGCUGCUUCCUGCCACCUAAUGUGGAGCGUGACGAUGCUCCGGUGCAAAAAGAUGUAUUAAUCCUCUCGUGUACUUGUUUUAAUCUUGUAUUUUCACCAGAAGACUACUUUGAACAAAAGUAGGCAAAUAAUGUUCUACAUCAUUUCAACAACUGAAACAGUCAUUUAUACAACUGACAAUUGUAUUUUCUUUUUUAAAAAAAAACCUAACAAAGUGCAAUGAAAGGAAUGUUUAUGCUGUCAUUUUGUUGUUUCUUGCACAGUACACUCUGCGUAUUAUGGACUACCAUCCAGUAGAUAACGACCCAAAAGUCUCCACGGAAGAUGACGAAUGACACGGCUUCAUUCCAGUUGUGUAAAAUGUGACCUGCAACUUCUCCUUUGCCCCCCCUUUUUUUGUUUUGUCCUUUAAAUAGAUUUAUACUUGAAGAGUCAGGAGAAAGUUUCAGGGACUGUUUGUGUUCAGAAGCAGCUCCACGCGUUAUUAGCUGAUCUCUAGGAGUGAUGAAACGAGGCUCCCUGCUGCCCGAGUGGAGUCUGAACCCUCUCCCGUUCCCUGUGCCUCUGUCUGUACCUGUGCCUGUCUAAAAGGCAUCCACUGUUUGUUACAUGGCCUCCUUUUUUGUAAUAGCUGACAGGAGCUUGGUUUCCAUUACAGGUGCAAAGCAAAGCUGACCAGGGCCCUAGUUGAUAUUUAUGUAAUAUUCUCCCUCCAGGUAAAACUCAUGUAAACUCUUGCACCUUUUUGGUUUUGUUUUCUUCUCCAGUGGAGCAGGAGCUUCAAAUAAAUAAUGCCAUAAACAUGUUGACCUGCUUGUUUAUGAGGAAAAAUAAACACACAGUGUGAUUGAUCCUAGGGUAAUGAACAUACGAAAUACUUUAUAAACUGCCUCAAACUGUAUAAACAGGUGAAAAUAACCACAUAUUAUAUAUAUAUAUAUAACCUUUUGGAAAUAUAUUGAAUAUCUUUCUUUUAACUACUUACAAGAUAUUUGAUAGGAUGAAGUUGUUAUCUGCAUUUUAAACUGUUCUCUGAUGUUAUAUAGAUCAAACCAACAAUCCAGAAAAAUGAAGAAAACAAUCUUUAAUGUUCGUUCAAACAGAAACUGUUUAACCUCAGUGGUGGGAAGUAACUGAGUACUUAAGUACAGUUCUUAAGUACUUGUACUUUACUUGAGUAUUUUCAUUUUCUGCUAUAAAGUAAUCAAAAUAAGUUCCACUUUUACCAGUUCAAACAUUAAAGUAUUACAUAUUAAAGCUUCAGUACUUAUAACGCAGUAAUAUAAUAUAUAUAAUGCUUAUAUAGUGCUUUAACUUUUGGUUUUAUUUUUAAGCUUGUGUACUUUUACUGACAUCACAUUUUAAAUGCAUUUGCUUUUACUUGUAAGACUAUUUUUAAACUGUGGUAUCAGGUAAAAGAUCUGAAUACUUCUUCCACAUUGGACGAUGAUUAUUGAUGCAUUAAUAUGUACUUCAGUUUAUUAUUGCAGCUGGUAAAUGUGGAGCUAAUUUUGAUUUAUUUUAUGUGUAUUACAUUAUAUACUGCUGGGUAGUUUGGGGAAUUUGAAUAAAGUCAUAUUGAUGUAAUAA